GUUGGAGCGUGAGUGUCACGAGUGUCCACAGAGUGGAAUCAUGGCGAUGCGAUGAGCAGGUCAGCGAUCUCGUCGCGAGGCGACUAGGAAGGCAGAGUCAUGCAUCCAGACGUCAAAGCUGCCACCGAAUCGGAAUGCUCACGCCUUUCCCCCUCUCCCCUCCCCCCCGCCCCUCGCCUCAUCAGCGGUAUCGCAGCUCAGCUCCUCCGCCGGUCAGGCUCGAGUACCGACCCCACCGGUGGCAAGUGGGUCCGCGGAGGCUUCCAAGCCAAGAUGGACCGCAAAGAGGCAGCACAGAUCCUUGGUCUGAGGGAGACGGCCUUGACCCGCGCGAGGAUCAAGGAGGCACACAGGCGGAUGAUGAUUGCCAAUCACCCGGAUAGAGGAGGGGCACCUUACCUUGCUAGCAAGGUGAAUGAGGCCAAGGAUUUGCUCGAUAGGGUGGUCAAUAAGUAAGAUGGGAGGAGUGGGAGCGAAGAGAGGGGGGAAAAAGGGAGGACGCGCGAGGAGACAGGGCACUGCGAAGGCCAUUACCCAUUGUACCACCAUUGAGUAGCAACCGAAAGAUAGCUUCACCAUUGAGGCCGAAGAUG